UGACUUAAAAAUGUUGGCACGCAGAGCUGGUCUGCACAGGGGAGCAGUGGUUGGGUGCACAGAGCACAUGUGACUUUACCCAUCAAGACAUCCAUCCACAGGGGAACCAACAACUGUCAACUGUUCAAGGUCGGACGAUCACUGCUGGGAAAGGAACGGACGCUUGUCUCCUCAGGGGCUGAGUGGACGCUAGGGAAAUGGCAGCAGCCGGGAGGUUUUCUGCCAUGUUUGCUGGAGUGCUCCUUGCAAUCAUUUUACUGCCAGACUAUCUGCAGGCAGGACCAGUGGCAAUUAAAGAGAAGGAAGAGGGGCUAGCUGCUGAGGAGGCACAGGCCCGCCUCAGGAGGAGUGUGAGCCACUACAGAGCCCUGCCAGACUUCUGGGGCUGGUACAAGUACUAUACAGAGACAAACAACCAGGAGGCAGUUGAGGACCUAGAUCGGCUGUACUUGGCUUUCCUGCAGAACAAACACAGAAACGAGGAAGGCGCCUACAACCACUACCUGACCCACCUCAGCGAGAUCUACAAGGCCUGUGCCAACUCUGACGACCCAGACUGCAUCUCCGAGUCCACCAGCAAGCCCAAGGCCAAGUUCGUCAUGCCCGUGCCCAUCAGAGAGGCCAAGGUUCUGGUGUGCAACCCGUACAUUGAUCCCUACUGCCUCUUCCCGGCCGCACCCAAGGCCCCAGCGGCCGAGGCAGUGGCGGAGGAGGCCCCCGCCAAGGUUCCUGCCCCACUGCUGGCACCAUUCCUGCCCCUGCCCUACAGGGCCCCGGUGGCGCCCGUGCCCGUGAAGACACCGCUGGGCAUGUUCUACUACGCCCCUCCCGUGGAGCCCUUCCUGACGGCCGAGCAGAAGGCCGAGCUGCUGAAGAUCUGCAACCCGGACGACACGGAGUGCCUGCAAUACCACCUGCGCGCUGCCUACGGCUACAACCCCAUGAACCCCGUGCCGUCCUACUCGGCACUCGGCUGCGACCCGGCCAAAAACCCCUACUGCAGGCCGCGCCUGGUGCACAAGGCCCCCUCCGGCUUCUUUCACCUCUACCCGACGUGCGACCCUGAGACCGAUCCCUUCUGCGCCAUGCCGGCCGCGCCACCUGCCGCCCUGACUGACGGGGACAACCCAGCCAGCGAGCAGGCCUGCCACCCGCUCUUCGACAAGGGCUGCAACCCGCUGACCGCCACCAAGCUGGCCAGCCUCACCAAGCCGGUCAUGGAGUACAUGCCUCAGGACGAGCCGGCCCCCGAGCCGCCCGUAGUGUGCAACCGCCGCCUUGACCCCUUCUGCAUCCUGGCCGCUGCCGCUGCCCUUAAGAGGCCGCCACCACCACCCAGCCCACAGUUUCAGACCCGCCACCGCCUGGGCGUUCGCGGCAAGACCAAGGACGGACACGACUGCUUCAUGUUCUACGACAAGGACUGCACCCCGCUGACCUCCGCCGACAAAGAGAAAGCCAAAGAGAAAGCGGCCAAGCCCAAAGACGACUGCCACCCCUUUGACCCCAGUUGUGGGAAGUUUGCCGGGCUGCCCUCCACCGGCAAAGCCCCCAGCGGCAAGGUCAAGAACGGCAUCAUCGAGCCUGACCCCGACUGUGACCCCGAGAUGGACUUCAACUGCCGCCUGCGCCGUGCCGAGGAGCCCAAUGAUGCCCCUGCUCAGCCAGAGGAGGCCCCCGCCAACGCUCCCGCUGUGCCAGAGUACGCCAUGCCACGGUUUGAAGACUUCCUGAAGGCACACAUGAACCGCCAUAACAAAUAAUGGGCUAGCAAAACAAUAAAGCAUACCAACCAGCUGGACAAAAUUGAGAACAGUGAAAGCAGUUGCAAUACAGGUCUCUCUUUCUUUUUCUUUAUUUUCUUUUACACACACACACACACACACACACACACACACACACAGAGAGAGAGAGAGAGAGAGAGAGAGAGAGAGAGACAAACACACAUACACUAUAAUAAUAAUAAAUAUAAACAUAUAUUAAUAUAGUCAGAAUUCAAAAGGAAUUUGUAUUGCAUUGUAUUACAAUACAACUUUACUAUUUGCUGUGAAUGAUACUGUAGGCUUCCUUUUGUAGGACAGCAAUCUGACAAUGUAUGACAAUGUGGAUAAAAUAUUUCAGUGGUAAAAAGAUAUGUAUUAAAGUAUUUUCAUUAGACUAGUGUGCUUGAGCAUAGUUCCAGCUGUAUUUGUCAAUAUACUUCCUGUGUUGUAAAUUGUUGUAUUUGUUAGAUGUUUUUGUAGGCUUUUGUUCUUACACUAAAAUCCCUUUAUAGAAUGAGGGAUAUUUAAUUGCCCAUGACCUUCCCAAGGGAUGCAUUGCUUUUAUAUCAUAUGGAUUUUUUAUGUAUUGUACAACUAUAGUGUUGGUUACAUUUUCCUUUUAUCCAUUCUAAUAAACACUGAGAAGAUGUUAUA